AAUAACUGGUUCGCUUUAAAACGUUCAGUCUCUGAUUGCCCGCCGCAGAGCACGCCCGCGCCCGUAUCGUCCCCGGCUGCGCACGCGCACAUUUCGAUCGCACCACAACAACAACAGUGAAGUUACAGUGUAUGCUAUCGAUUUGGAUUUUGACGUUAAGUGGAACCUUCUCGUGAACAGGUACACCUCUUCGUGUCUAAGAGGUCGGACUCGUCGUAAGCAACUUCACGAAAGUCGAAACACUCUUGAAAUUUCAAGUAAUUAAAGAGCAUGCUGACGAGACUUCUGACGUUGGCUCUGGUGGCUGCGAGCUGGCAAGCCACCGACGCUUGUUCUUGUAUGCCCGAGCACCCACAGUCACACUUUUGCAACAGUGAUUUUGUAAUUGUCGGCAGAGUACAAAAAUUAUUCAAUGGAAGCGGUUUCUACGACUCAUACAAAGUCAAAAUUAGGAACGUUUUCAAAGCGACUCCGAAGGCUUCCCUAGCGCUGAAGUCCGGACGAAUACUGACGCCCACCCCCGACUCCAUGUGCGGAGUGACGCUGCAGCCGAGAGAGACUUAUGUCAUUACAGGUCGUGUGAUCCACCUGCAAGCGCACGUAAACCUCUGCGGCUACAUCAACAAGUGGCGCGAGGUGACGCCGCGACAACGCAAGGGGUUCCGGAUGCUGUACAGGCAGGGGUGCACUUGCAAGGUUCACAUGAACCGGCGCAGCUCGAAGUCGCCGAACGCGUGCGUGGCGAGAUUUGACGACUGCUACGAGCGACACGGCAUCUGCCUCAACGACAGGGAGAGGCGCUGCCGCUGGACGAGGGCCCCCGCUCUCACGCGCUGCGUCCAGAAACAGCACUUCAACAGCACAAUGACCUGAAUCUUCCCCGAGCCAUCCGCCAUCUUCUAUAUUUCGUCUCAUCAUUCAAAUUCCUGUUACCGUAUUUAUUAAAUCCGAUUAACACUCGAGAUUAACACGUAGAAUUAUUACACAUAGUUAUGGUUUAAACCACGAUACAUAAAACUUCAAAACCUAUGUUAAUAUUUGGAUAUAAUUAUUGUGACUAAUGUGGUUUGGACCAUAGUUAGUUAUUAAUGAUAUUGAGUAAAAUUGCAGCUAACUCUUCUUGACACAAGAACUUUUAAUUGGGAGUGGGACACAGGUGCCUCAGUUAUAUGACACUGCUAAGCUUCUUAUGAACUAUGCGCAAUAAUUCUAUGGAAUUGCCUACUCUUUGGCUCUUCAUUAUAUUUGUGGAAAUUAAAAUUUUCUCUAAGAGAUGUGAAAUUCUGACUAGUCAUGUCAACGUUUAGAAUAAAGUUAUUGGGCUAUGAUU